AUGCAAUUCAUUGAAUUAUCUAAUUCAUUUUGGAGUUUAUUUAAAUUGAGAAAAAUUAGUUUUCUAUUAAUCAAUUUAAUUUUAUUUCAUUAUGAAGAGAGUUUAGGAUCAGGAUAUAAUAUAUCAAUGAAAUAUUAUCAUCCAUAUUCUAGAUGGAGACGAUCAUUAACUCCUUGUGCAUGGCUUGAACGUGGUGGCUUUUUUAAUAUGCCUAAAUAUUAUAAUUCAUUAUCUCCAUUUGCACAACGUCGUCAUAUUUGUUCAAGUUAUUCAAGUUGUCCACUUACAUGGCUCCCAACAAAUGAUGUUAAAUCAUUAACAUUUAAGCUUAUAGGGACUGAUGAUAUGCGUGAUUACGAAUUUCAAGCUCAUUUUUGUAACAGAAUCUAUGAAGCACGGCAUCGUUAUUGCACUAUGGAAGAGGGAGAAAUUGCAUUUGAGUUGAGGCAGAUAGGGACAUGGUUGAUGGUAGACCGCAUCAAUUGUCGAUGUUUAGGCACUGCUGAUGUUGAACGUUAUGGAUACAGUAAAGGUGUUCAAUUCGGAGAUCGCGUUUUUCGUGGUAAUUAUAUACACAUGACAUGUGCAACAAAGCCUCAAUGUAAAGUGGAUGAUUUUUGUUAUAUUGAAACACCAAGUACAGAUGGUUAUAUUUAUGGUGGUCGAGUACCAUGCAUUUGUCCAAAACAAUAUCAUUGUCCAAUUUAUUUUAUACGAGAUAAACGUAUUCCACAAAUCAAUGAUGAUGGACGUGUUAUCAGUUAUGGAAUUAAAUCUCACCGUGGUCUAACUUUGUAA